CAUCCAUGCAGUAGAGCGUAGAGGGCUUGGCACUGAUGCUAUUAGCCUAGCGUUCGGUUCGAAAAGGAAGCCAAGUUUCCGCUUUACGUGUAGAACUAAACCAGGAGGAAAUAAAGACGCCCGGUUUUAACUGUCCUUUAUUCGUUAAUAUAUGUAUAUAUUUUUAUAUACAUGUAUUUUUCUGUGGAAAGAGGAACAGCAGAUUAAUUUCAACCAUCGCCGGGUCAUCGCCAAAACAAUUUAGUGCGGAUUCGGUUCAUGAGCCGGGACAGGAGGCGUAAAGCGACAGCGCAGGAGCGGCGAAUUGAGCCGAUACUACCGGCAUGGCCAGGGACUACGAUUACCUCUUUAAACUCCUCAUUAUCGGCGACAGCGGUGUGGGGAAGAGCAGUCUUUUACUGCGCUUUGCAGACAACACUUUUUCAGGUAGCUAUAUUACAACUAUAGGAGUUGACUUCAAGAUCCGAACAGUAGAGAUCAAUGGCGAGAAGGUUAAACUACAGAUCUGGGACACGGCAGGCCAGGAGCGGUUUCGAACCAUCACCUCCACGUAUUACAGAGGAACCCAUGGGGUCAUAGUGGUGUAUGAUGUCUCUAGUGCUGAAUCAUUUGUCAACGUUAAACGAUGGCUGCAUGAAAUUAAUCAGAAUUGUGAUGACGUAUGUCGAAUAUUAGUGGGUAAUAAAAAUGAUGACCCGAACUCUAAAGUUGUGGAAACAAAUGAUGCACAAAAGUUUGCAGAGCAGAUGAAUAUCCGCCUGUUUGAGACGAGUGCAAAAGAAAACAUUAACGUGGAGGAGAUGUUUAACUGCAUCACAGAGCUGGUGUUACGGGCGAAGAAGGAAUCUGUGGCUAAGCAGCAGCAAUUACAACAGAAUGAUGUUAUUAAACUCAACAAAAACAGCAAACGAAAAAAAAAGUGUUGCUAGUGGAUCUCAAACUUUACCGCAGCUCUCACUCCAGAAUCCUUAUAGAGAAAUGGACUAUGAUGACCUAAAUUAAGAGCCAAGAAAGCUUAAUAAUAAAAUGGAAAAAAGAAACAAACAUAUCCCUUUUGGACAUUGACAAAUCUUGAAGACUUUUAAAAGAAUGUACAGAUUUUUAUAGAAUUAAGGAAUUUUUAAGUGGGAAUUCAGUAGAUGUGGUAUUUAAUAAAAGAUCAUCCUUCUUAACUGUAGAACCUACAAGCUGACAUGUGCUCCACAAUGUGCAAAUUUUUAUGUGUAUCAUGUUACUUCUACAGCCGUUUUUGUUCUAUGUUUUUGUUUCUCUUUGGGUCUCCAUCUCAGAAGUGUCUAGAAAGUGUAAUGAGCUUAUGACUUUGACUCACAUAUCCAGUGGCACAAGGUUUUAUUUUGGCUGAGUGCAGUUUUCUGGUAUGUGCAAAAUAAAUUUACCCUACCAUUUUCCAAGCAUUUGGAGGAAAACAACAAAGAUAAAACAUUUUACUGCCAUGAUCCUAAUUAGGACCCUAAUGUACUGGCAUCAUUCCUGAAUGUUGCUAUAGAACAACAUGUCAACUUUUGAAAUUCUAAUGUAUUUUGGACUGCCAACUUGAAUUACAACUUGUCAUACAAGUCUUCACCAUAGGGGUGUAAUUACUUAUGUCAUCUUCAAAUGAUCCCUGUAUUCAAUGUUAUAGCUCACCUUUUGCCAUAAAUAAUUUACUUUCUUUGACUGCAGUGUGUUAAGCUAUCAUGCUGUGUAUGCUUUUACAAUUAUUCUAUUAUUUGGCAAUGUCCUUUAAGGGAGGCAGAAUUCAGUUAAAAUAUAAAGGCAUUUUAUUGUACCAACAGUGGUACAAGUGCUACAAGACUGACCGGUUUCCCUCAGGGUAUAAUGGUAGAUGCAGGAACGUCUAAGAAAGGAGUAAUGCAACUCAUUAAGCAUUUUCCUGCUACAGCGUGCCUCAUUUAAUGUACUGUGUGACUCAUUAGAUGUAUUGUGUCUUUGCACCUCAUAUAAUUACAGCUUGAGGUUGUUACAACCUCAUAACUAAAAUCCACUAUAAUUAGAGCUAAAUAUCCAAAAAAUUUCACUAUUAUAAUGACAGACUGGCUUAAAUUUCAAUAAGGGUGACCCAUUAAACCAAGUAAUGGCAACCUGUCUCCCUGAAUUUUUAUCCAAUGUGGAUAUGUUGCAGAUUUCACGUGGAUGAUCUUAAUAUUUGCACAUAGCCAUAUGAGUAAGCAUGUGUUUGUGCUAGGAAACACUUUCAGAUGUGGUUCUGCUGUACACUGGAGUAAGAAAAAAUAUCCUGCGUCUGUUCCUGCGUAUUAAAUAAAAUGACAAAUAUUUUAAGUUGAUUAA